ACAAUUAAAACUUCAACUGCACAAAAAAAAAACAAAAAAAAACAGAGGGGGGGGGGGAGUGUUUUGUUUGCCCGGGUCCACCUCACACAGGUCCCAGACCAGCGCACACGACACAUAUCGGCGCUAAACACAAGUCAUAAAAACACACACACACACACACACAUUUAUAUCCACGAUCAGCCGACAACACGCCGCCUCGGGCGCACGGGUUCGUCCCAAGGUUACGAUUUUCAUCCUCCAUGCAGUUUCCCUACCACGUGACGCCCCACCCGGAAGUGACGCACGUCGCUUCGCAGAGUUCAGUUUGCGUCCACUGGAAGCAAAACACCCGCAGACUGUGUUUUCUGCAGCAGCCGGAGCUGGGAGGAGGGGGAGCACCACCUGCACCGUAACGGGAGCCAACACUUCUAUAAUCAGACCACCAUCAUGAAUCCUGUCUACAGCCCUGCACCAACAGGGGUCCCCUAUGCCAACCAUAAAGGUAUAGGCUACCCAGCCGGGUUUCCUGUCGGCUACGCAGCAGCCACUCCAGCAUAUACUCCCAAUAUGUACACAGGAGCCAACCCUGCCUUCCCUACUGGCUAUGCUCCCGGUACUCCUUUCAAAAUGUCCUGUUCUCCCUCCACGGGGACCGUCCCACCUUACUCCUCCUCACCCACCCCUUACCAUGCAGCCGUCUACCCGGUGAGGAGCACCUUCCCCCAGCAGAACCCCUACGCACAGGCACUCUUACCCUCACAGCAGCAAGGCACUUAUUACACACAGCCACUGUACGCUGCACCGCCGCACGUCAUCCAUCACACGACGGUGGUCCAGCCCAAUGGGAUGCCAGCAGCUAUGUACGCACCUCCCAUCCCUCCACGCCCCAACGGUGUCACUAUGGGCAUGGUAGCUGGGACCACAAUGGCCAUGUCAGCUGGAACCUUGUUGACAACUCAUUCGCCAGCUCCUGUUGCCCCCCACCCAGUCACAAUGCCCACAUAUCGGCCCCCAGGCACACCCACCUACAGCUAUGUCCCCCCCCAGUGGUGAACCAAGGGUAGCGUCUGUAAUUGGUAUAUAUGCAUUCACACUUCAGUCCAGUGUUUUUAACAAUUGGUGAUGACCUGCCCUGCCAGCAUCUGCAACCAGUUGUUCUUCCAGCAUAAUGUGAAUUUGAAUUCCAACUUCAAAGAAAGAGGCCCAUUUCUAUAUCAAGGGAUUGAAGAAUAGAUCCACCCCCAAGACCCCUCUUAAUGGAAUAAGGUUGCCCCCUGCACUCGAUAACCUGCUGCGUAUCUCACAUCUGAUGGCAAAGUCUUCAUGCAAACAUUUCUUUCUUUUUGGUGGACUGUAAUUCAAGUUUUGCUUUGGCUGAAACUCUUAAAUGGUGAAAAAAUGGGUUUGAAUAUUUUUUUCCUUUAAUUUGUAGAUCCAUAUCCUGUUGAAUGCGUGCGUGUGUGUGUGCGCGCGCGCGUGUGUAUUAUAGAUACAAAUAAUGCUAGCUCAAUCUACCUGCUGUGAUAAAUGCAAAUUCAACAAAAGGUAUAAAUCCAAAGGAACUAAAAAAAAAGAAGUAAUAAUCUGCAAUGCUGAAUCACCAUUGACCAUGUCUUAAAUGUGAAAAGAAAAGUUGAGAAAUGUGUUGUCAUGCAGAGAUGUAAUUGCCCAGUCUAAUGCAGACCAAACUGUGCUGUUUUCACUGCUUUGUGUUUUUAGUAAGUGAUGCUUGGUUUCUAUGACUCGUCCGAGUAAUGCCGUGUAUGCAUUGUCGUACUUUUUUUUUUUAUAUAAUAUAUUUUAAGAUGGGACUUUGAGUUUGUGCCUCUGUGUAACACUCAUUCCAACACUACCGUCAUUCUGUUCAUCAUUCUGUUUCGCCUCUGCCCCGUCACACUUGCUGGAGCGAGAGCGUGGGCCGUUACAAAACUCUCCCACAGCUUCUUCUUUUCCCGUAUGACAUUCUCGCGAGUGCAUCAGGAAAAGAAAAAAUCUAUUCUACCAUUUUAUCCUUGAGUAGUCUUUAUGGGAAGCUUUUUCAAAGUAAUUUGCACCCGUUCACUGAACGAAUAAACAGGAACAAGUUUGUGUGUACGCAACUGUCUUGUGUUUUUCAAAAUGGCAACCAUUAAAAUGGUGUUGUGUAAUUUGGGGGGGCACAUGCCUACAGUUAGGCCUACACGUCUUAAUUUGUCCUGACUGUACAGACGAGUUGCAAGCACGACACACUGAAGUCACUGCUAAUGUUUCAGACGUCAGGAAAAAGGGUUUUGUUUUUAAUAUUUUGCAAGUCAUGGUGUGCACUACUGAAGGAAAGGCACUACUUCUGUUGUCAAACCAGUUUGAAAAUUUCUAGCUGUUUUACCUCAAGAGUACAGCUCGACCCACCAAUAUCACUGUCUUAAACUUGGCUUUUUUCUGUCGCCUCGGUUGAGCAAGGUUUUGUAAAAGUUUUUUUUUGUGUUCUUGGUCCUUGUUUUGUAUAUUAAACAACCAAAAAUAAAAAGAGUA